AUGUAUUCGAGAAUUUCCAUAAAUUUUGAAUUCAGUUUGGGGUUUUAUGUUGAUAAAUUCAAAAUAAAAAAUAUUGAAAAAUCGUUCUUUACUACAAUUUAUCAUCACCAAUUGGAUCUAUCGAUUUCCUGUGAACUGAUGGAUCUCUGUGGCCUGAAACAAGAAACCAAUGAUGGGAAAAUGAUUUCUUUUCCUCCGGAAGACAAAACAAUCUCACCUCGAAGACCAGGUUACUUCCCGAUUAGCAAACUCAUUAGUUGA